CGACUGCUGCUCCACUGCCACUACUGCCACUGUGCUUAAUCCGCCAGAAUUGAGCCGCCUAUGUAUAUCAAGAAGGACUCGAAAAAGGAAGGUGUAACCAUGCGCGAGAAAAAAGGAGGUGCUUUGCAGAAGAUAAAAAAGAGACUAUCGCACAGCUUCGGCCGAUUAUCAAUAUCGCGCGAGGAAAGCGACGACGGUACGCAGCAAAACAACCAUCAUCACCUUCCCCAUCACCAUCACCAUCACCAUGGACAUGGUCACAAUCGUGGCGGUAAAGUGCCCUUCAACGGUUACACAUCCGAGGAGUACCUCGACCGACUGGAACCAAACGGCAACAUCCCGGCCGAUAAGUCCUACAGCAAACAUUGGAACCGAGUAGGCGACCACGAGCGGGUCCAUCGGCAGCUGUCGGUCUCGUCGGACAGCAAGCUGCUCGACGACGACAUUCGGGAGGAAACACGUGUGAUAAUGCGACCUAAGAAGCCGCCUCGGCCCAAGUCCGAAGUGUUCUUGAACAAACACGACCCGCACCCGAGAAGGAAACGGUUUAGCGCAUUCGGGGGUGAUUCGCCGUUCGGCAAAUCAGAAGCUUACAUCAAACUAGAGCAACUCGGUGAAGGAUCCUACGCAACGGUAUUUAAGGGCUAUAGCAAUCUAACGAAUCAGGUGGUAGCGUUAAAGGAAAUCAGGUUACAGGAAGAGGAGGGUGCUCCGUUCACGGCGAUCCGCGAGGCAUCCCUGCUGAAGGAACUGAAACAUUCGAACAUCGUGACCCUGCACGACAUCGUGCACACGCGUGAGACGCUGACGUUCGUCUUCGAGUUUGUGAACACCGACCUGUCGCAGUACAUGGAACGGCAUCCGGGCGGCCUCGAUCACCGAAACGUGCGCCUGUUUCUGUUCCAGCUACUGCGGGGGCUCUCCUAUUGCCAUAAAAGACGCGUGCUGCAUCGGGACGUGAAACCGCAGAACCUGCUCAUCAGCGAGAUGGGCGAACUGAAGCUGGCCGACUUUGGUCUGGCGCGUGCCAAGAGUGUUCCAAGUCAUACCUAUUCGCACGAGGUCGUCACGCUCUGGUAUCGACCACCGGAUGUCCUGCUCGGCAGCACCGAAUAUUCCACCUCGCUCGACAUCUGGGGCGUUGGCUGCAUAUUCGUCGAAAUGAUCACCGGCAUGCCGACGUUCCCCGGGAUUCGCGAUACCUACGAUCAGCUGGACAAGAUCUUCAAAAUCCUUGGCACACCAACGGAGGAAUCGUGGACAGGGGUAACGCACCUGCCCGGAUAUAAGCUACAAAUGUUGGGCUUCUUCAAACCCCGAAAGCUGGGGCUAAGUUUUCCUCGGUUGUACGAUAUUAUCGAAGGCGAGACGAUGGCCACUUCGUUCCUACAGCUCAAUCCGGACAACCGGAUAAGUGCGGACGAAGCGCUCCGCCAUCCGUACUUUGCACCGUUGCCAAAAAAACUCUACGAACUGCCGGAUGAAUUGUCCAUCUUCACCGUGGAAGGUAUCUACUUGCAGCCGGAACCGAACCGACACCAUGCGCACUCGCGACCAUGAGAGUUAAGACAAAGCAAAACUUUAGAUGCAAUACGUUAUUAUUGUUAGUAGUUAAUGUGAUUACCUGCGUUGCUGGUUAGCAGAGAACGCAGAAGAUGAAUUGCGCUCUAUUUUCGCAAACGAGUGCUAGAGGUCCGCCGCCAGCGCCUAUACCCGCCUGAUGGGUGGGUUCGGUAGCGAACAGGGCAGGCAGGAUCGUGGCGACGAUGCUAGGAAGUGAUAAUCGAUCGCUCCGACCUCAUCGUUGUGUGGUAGAAAAAUUCAGAACAAAAAAACACAAACAGCCUGGCAAAAAUGGUAAAUCAAAAUCAAAACCGCAGAAACCUUUUUAGCACCAUUCCACGGCAGCAAGGAGCAAGCAACUGAUGAGCGGCGAGCGCCCGCUAACGGUGCGGUUGCAAUGACCAAAAACAAACGAAGCGAACGAAGCAAAAGUAAUCCUCCGGAACCAAAGUGAUGCUAAAGUAUGUGAUCAGUUCAUUCAUAGGCAUGCCGUCACUAUCACUACACCACCAACUGCGAUCGCAACAAAAAGGAUAUCGUGGUUGGUGGCCGAUCGCCACCCUAGAUCCUUCAUAUUCAGUAGGGAACGGUAACGGCACUCCGUUCUCCGGUUGAGCUGAAAUGAAUCCCAAUUUCAGCAGUGCAGAGACAGCAGUUGUCUGCAGUCGGUUAUGGUUCUUUCCCUUCUGGUAGAGUGCUGUGAAGUGAGAACAAGUGUAACUCGGUUUCUUUGAAUAUGAUGAUGUACAAAAGUUUAGAUUCAUUCGAUCAAUAGUUGCAGCCAGAAACAGCAGCAGCAGCAACUAAAUAAUAAUAAUUAAAGAUAUUAUGUUAUGUUAGCCACAGAUUUUUUACCGAUUCGUCAAAGUAUUCAAACAUGCUCUACAAAUACUACACAAAUAUUCGCUAGCGUUCGUUUUUACGCAGGUUUGCUUUUUAUCGCGUUCGGCCCGUGAUGUGGUACCUUAAUAGUGAUCAUAUUUGUCUUGAGUCUAUCCAUUUUCCUCAGUAUGUAACAUUUUCGUUUGAUUUUCUUUAGUAUUUUUUAAACAACUGAAAACUUUCUGUUUCCCCUUUCUGUUUGGUAAGCUGCACUUUUACUACCUACCACUAUUGUUUUCGCGACAAACUACCAUUGGUUUCUACUAGCAGCAGGGCCUAAGAAAGAUAUUAUGAACAUGCUACACACACACACAAAGCAUAAAGUGAGAAAGUUGGCCCAUGGCACGUUUGAGCAAUGAAGACCCACUCGCGCUUCUCCAAUUGUAUUGCAUUUAGUGAGACCACCAUUUGUCGAAGUGAAGGGCAAAGGGUGAGGCACAAAGAUACUACAACCGUAUGAUCAGGAGUUUAAACAAUAGAGGCGUUUGUCUGGAUUAAUUUCGUUUUAACUGCUAUUUGUUUACGGUAGCUUUUUUAUCGAUGAUGUCCAAGUUGUUCACUAUGUCUUCUUGCUGACUACGCUGAAAGUGAGUAGAAAAUGAUUUUGAAACAAGUAUUUGAAAGCUUAACAAAAUGAGUAGACCAUUGGGUCCCCGCCACCUCCCUUAUCUUUUAUCCGACGGUCUUCAGUUGUAAUUAUUGUAAGAAAAUGUUUAUUACACGUAAGGCGGAUUCGAACACCG